AUGCCAGCUGCGCCGCGCCACGACUGCGCCGGAAAGCGCACCGCCCCAGUUGCCUUGGGAGAUUCCCGAGCCUCAGAGCAGAUCCUGCGGGCCACUUCCCACACCCUCCUUCUCCGAGAGCACAACCGGCUGGCCAGAGAACUAAAGAGACAACCUCAGUGGGAGGGAGAAAAGCUCUACCAGGAAGCCGCGAAAAUCCUGGGAGCCUUCAUACAGAUCAUCACCUUUCGGGACUACCUACCCAUUGUGCUGGGUGAUGAGAUGGAGAAGUGGAUCCCUCCAUACCAAGGCUAUAACCAAUCUGUGGAUCCCCGAAUUUCCAAUGUCUUCACCUUCGCCUUCCGCUUUGGCCACUUGGAGGUCCCCGCCACCAUGUCCCGCCUGGAUGAGAAUUACCAGCCAUGGGGUCCGGAAGCAGAGCUCCCCCUGCACACCCUCUUCUUCAACACCUGGAGGAUAGUUAAAGAUGGUGGAAUUGACCCUCUGGUGCGGGGCCUGCUGGCCAAGAAGUCCAAGCUUAUGAAUCAGGAUAAAAUGAUGACGGGCGAGCUACGCAACAAGCUUUUCCAGCCCACUCACAAGAUCCAUGGCUUUGACCUGGCUGCCAUCAACAUACAGCGUGGCCGGGACCAUGGGAUGCCUGGAUACAACUCCUGGAGAGGCUUCUGUGACCUCUCACAGCCCCAGACGGUGGAGGAGCUACGUGCUGUGCUAAAGAACGAGAAGCUGGCUAAGAAGUUACUGGAUCUCUACGGGACCCCUGACAACAUCGACAUCUGGAUAGGGGGCACUGCCGAGCCCCUGGUGGAAAGGGGCAGGGUGGGGCCUCUCCUGGCCUGUCUCCUGGGGAGGCAGUUCCAGCAGAUCCGCGAUGGGGACAGGUUCUGGUGGGAGAACCCCGGCGUCUUCACGGAGAAGCAGCGGAACGCUCUGCAGAAAAUGUCCUUCUCACGCCUCGUCUGUGACAACACCCACAUCACCAAGGUCCCGCUGCACCCCUUCCAGGCCAACAGCUACCCCCACGGCUUUGUGGAAUGCUCAGCCAUUGAUAAGCUGGACCUCUCGCCCUGGGCCUCAGUGGAGGAUUAGGGGCUGGACACCAUGCCACCUCCCCCCACACACCCCCGGUGUGUGCAGGAAACCUCCCUUUGGUCCGUGAUGCCAUUUCAAGCAAGUUCAGUGACCCGGCCCCUGAGAGCUCCAUACCCAGUCCCAGGCCUUCUUUCCCAGUUCUCUCUACACCCCCCAAGAUGCAUAUCUCACUCAAGCCCCCCACCAGCCACCUUGACCUCUCAGCUCUUCCAGCCAAAUCCCACUGCUCCCACCCCCAUCUUCUCUGCCUGCGGAAGUCCUCUGUUCUGUCAAGACUCAGACCCUCUGAGAGGCCUUCCUGUCCAGCUUGCGGGGUGUCACCCAUUCUCUCCCCGAACAAAUCUUGGCUGAGGCCGAGGCCUUCACACCCUUAUCUCUCCUCCCCUGGAACUAGAUGAUAAAAUCCUUGAGCCAAGGCCCUCAGCCAGCUUCCAAGAGUGUGCCGUGGCCCCCAGCUCAGUAAACAUCUGGUGAUUGACUGCUGAUGCUGGCAAUGACCUUGUUCCCCUCUGGAAGGCAGGCCUUGGAAUCACUGCUAAAUCCAAUACCUAGAUGUUUACCAUUCA